GGGAGGAACUCAGACGGCGGUCCGACAGAGAUGAAGAACAUCUGGAGUCGGGAGCCGCACAUCUGGUCGCGGAGCCCGCCUGCGCUGCUCACCGACCGCCCCCUCCCCGCCCCGCGCCCCAGUCACUUCCUGUCCAGGAGCAGUAGUCGGUGUUGUCUUAACCCCCUCCCGGACCGUCUUAGGGCUCCGAGGAGUGGGGGGGCUCGCAAGAGGGGCUCCGGCUGCCCAGUGGGCUCAGGCCCAGAGCCCAGAGCAACCAGCACAAUAGCGUCCAACAGCUGGAAUGCCAGCAGCAGCCCCGGGGAGGCCCGGGAGGAUGGGCCCGAGGGCCUGGACAAAGGGCUGGACAACGAUGCGGAGGGCGUGUGGAGCCCCGACAUCGAGCAGAGCUUCCAGGAGGCCCUGGCAAUCUACCCACCCUGCGGCCGCCGCAAGAUUAUCCUGUCAGACGAGGGCAAGAUGUACGGUCGAAAUGAGUUGAUCGCACGCUACAUUAAAUUGAGGACCGGGAAGACCCGGACGAGAAAACAGGUCUCUAGCCACUUGCAGGUUCUAGCCAGGCGGAAAUCUCGAGAGAUUCAGUCCAAGUUGAAGGCCAUGAACCUGGACCAGGUCUCCAAGGACAAAGCCCUCCAGAGCAUGGCAUCCAUGUCAUCCGCCCAGAUCGUCUCUGCCAGUGUCCUACAGAACAAGUUCAGCCCGCCCUCCCCUCUGCCCCAGGCCGUCUUCUCCACUUCCUCACGGUUCUGGAGCAGCCCCCCUCUCCUGGGACAGCAGCCUGGACCCUCUCAGGACAUCAAGCCCUUUGCACAGCCAGCCUACCCCAUCCAGCCGCCCCUGCCGCCAACGCUCAGCAGUUACGAGCCCCUGACCCCGCUCCCCCCAGCUGCUGCCUCUGCGCCCGUGUGGCAGGACCGCACCAUCGCCUCCUCCCGGCUGCGGCUCCUCGAGUACUCUGCCUUCAUGGAGGUGCAGCGAGACCCCGACACGUACAGCAAACACCUAUUUGUGCACAUCGGCCAGACCAACCCCGCCUUCUCAGACCCGCCUCUAGAGGCCGUGGACGUGCGUCAGAUCUAUGACAAGUUCCCUGAGAAGAAGGGUGGACUGAAGGAACUCUAUGAGAAGGGGCCCCCUAAUGCCUUCUUCCUCGUCAAGUUCUGGGCCGACCUCAACAGCACCAUCCAGGAGGGCCCGGGAGCCUUCUAUGGGGUCAGCUCCCAGUACAGCUCCACCGACAGCAUGACCAUCAGCGUCUCCACCAAGGUGUGCUCGUUUGGCAAGCAGGUGGUGGAGAAGGUAGAGACGGAGUACGCCAGGCUGGAGAACGGGCGCUUUGUGUACCGCAUCCACCGCUCCCCCAUGUGCGAGUACAUGAUCAAUUUCAUCCACAAGCUGAAGCACCUGCCCGAGAAGUACAUGAUGAACAGCGUGCUGGAGAACUUCACCAUCCUGCAGGUGGUCACGAGCCGGGACUCCCAAGAGACCCUCCUCGUCAUCGCUUUCGUCUUUGAAGUCUCCACCAGCGAGCACGGGGCUCAGCACCACGUCUACAAGCUCGUCAAAGACUAGGCUCCCCUCUGCCCCCAGCACCAGGAUCCAGGACAAGCAGCUUUCCACACACCUGCCUGGCCCCCUGCCGGAGGUCUGGGAUUGAGGACUCCCCCGCCGGCCAGGCCUCGGGCCCAGGACCCAGGAGGCCUCCACCCCACCCCCAGCACACACACUCCCUGCCACUGUUCUGCGCUUUAACUGUGGGAGAAGAGAGGAGGGCUCAGUGGGGGGGCAGCCUGCCCUGGCCACUGAACACCCCCUGGCUCUGCCCGGCCUCCAGUGAGUGAGAGGACCCCUUCGGGCUCCGGCAUGUGUGGCCUGCAGGGGAGGACGGGAUGGAGACCAAGGGGGUCCCAGGGCAGAGGCCCUGGGAAGGAGAGGGUUGAGUUGGGGUUAGGUUGAGAAGAAGAGAGAGGGGCCCCCACUUUCUUGCACCUGCUGUGUGCUGGGCCUGGUGCUAGGCCCCCUGUGCACCUGGUGCCAUUGUCAGACCAAGGGGAGUGUGAGUCUUGGUGUCUCCUGUGAUGGGCUGAGAUCCCGAGAAGUUGAGGGGCCCAUGCAAGGGGUGGGCCAGAGCUGGGAUUCUCACCCAGGGCCAUCUGGCCCCAGAGCCCAGGUCUACACUACCUCCCUGGCGUGUAGGGGGGGUGCCAGCCGCUGGGGGUGGGAGAGAUGGUCUGUUCUGGGGCCCAGGGCCAGCACAGGUUGGGGGCCUCCUCCCAGGGGAGCAGCUGCUUCUGACUUGGCAGGAAAAGAGGCGCAGCAGAUACCUGGCACCUGUUCGGUGUCCCCUGUCCACCUGUGCCAACGCCUCCAAGCUGCCCUGGCUCAGAGCCGGUGCCUGAGCCCCUCAGCACCGUCCUGACAGGAGGAGGCCCCUGGGCUGACCAGUGUCCCAGGGACAAGGGGUAGCAGCAGGAUUUGAUAUUUUCAAAUGCCCAAGACCUGGGUUUGGUGAAGCCUCGGUGGGCACCACUCCCUUAUGUCUGUCUCCGCCUCCAACUCCCAGACCUGGAGCAGCAGCUCCCCAAACCCAGUUCUGGGACUGAAGGUCAAUCCUUUCCCUGCUACCCCUUCCCGACCACCAAGCCCCUUGGCCAGAGUGGCUUGUCCGUCCACUGGCCGCCUCUGGGCAUUCAUGAGUGUCGUAUGAAGUACUGUGCCCCUUCCCUUCCUUGCACUGCCCACCCCCGAGCUUCCUGCAGGUCUUCACAGUUUGCAUAUCGCUCAGGCCACUUCCAAACUCAACCUAGGUUUUAUAAUGUAUAUUAUAUUUUUUUGUGUAUUUUUUAAAUCCAGCUGUGAUGGGUUAUAUCGUAAAUGUGGCGCAGGGCUGGGGUAGGGGCCCUCCAGGCCCGGCUCCUGCU